AUGUUCAAGAACGAGUACGAUAGCGACAUCACGACCUGGAGCCCGACGGGCCGGCUCUUUCAGAUCGAGUAUGCAAAUGAGGCUGUCAACAACGGCUCCGCGGCCGUUGGCGUGAAAGGGAGGGACUUCGUCGUGCUCGCCGCACUCAAGCGCAGCCCCGUCGCGGAGCUGUCCUCGUACCAAGAAAAAGUCUUCGAAAUUGACGAGCAUGUUGGCAUGUCCAUCUCGGGCCUCGUGGCGGACGGCCGCGUGCUUGCUCGCUUCCUGCGCACAGAAUGCAUGAACUACCGCUACAUGUAUAGCCAUGGUAUGCCGAUGAAUCAAAUGGCGGACAUGAUCGGCGAAAAGCACCAGCGCCACAUCCAAUUCAGUGGCAAGCGUCCUUUCGGCGUUGGCCUCCUGCUUGCUGGCUACGACCGUCAGGGACCACACCUGUACCAGACGGUGCCGUCCGGUGACGUCUACGACUACAAGGCCACGGCGAUGGGCGUGCGCUCGCAGGCGUCGCGCACGUACUUGGAGAAGCAUUUCGAGCGCUUCACCGACUGCACCCUCGAUGAGCUCGUGACGCACGCACUAAAGGCUCUCGCUUCCGCGACAUCGGAGGGCGUGGAGCUGAAUGUGAAGAACACCACCAUCGCCAUCGUAGGCAAGGAUACCCCCUUCACCAUCUUUGAGGAGGAGAGCGCGCGCAGGUACCUGGAUGGGUUCAAGAUGCGUCCAGAAGACCGCGUGGCGGCGGCGGACGAGGAGGAGGUGCUGCAGGAGCAGCCUCUGGACGUCGAGGAAUAG